AUGGCCCUUGAUAACUACUAUCGCAAUAAGAUCGAGAGCAUGAAGCUCGAGAUCAUCCAGGGCCAAGCAGUUCUUCGAAGACUGGAAGCACAGAGAAAUGAUUACAACUCCAGGGUCCGCCUGCUGAGAGAGGAGUUGGGUCUGCUACAACAACCUGGCUCGUAUGUUGGUGAGGUAGUGAAGGUCAUGAGCACCAAGAAGGUCCUUGUCAAGGUUCAUCCGGAAGGGAAAUAUGUGGUCGAUAUUGCGGAUGAUGUUGACAUCGCGAAGCUUACAGUUGGAAAGCGUGUCGCUCUACUCUCUGACUCUUACAAACUUGAGAAGAUGCUGCCAUCCUCUGUUGACCCCCUUGUCUCGCUUAUGAUGGUCGAGAAGGUCCCCGACAGCACGUACGACAUGAUCGGUGGUCUGGAUCAGCAAAUAAAGGAAAUCAAAGAAGUGAUCGAGCUCGGUCUCAAGCACCCUGAGCUUUUCGAGUCUUUGGGUAUCGCACAACCAAAGGGUGUGCUCUUAUACGGCCCGCCUGGUACUGGAAAGACACUGCUUGCACGGGCAGUCGCUCACCACACCGAUACACGUUUCAUCCGGGUCAGUGGAUCGGAGUUAGUACAGAAGUACAUUGGUGAGGGUAGCCGGAUGGUGCGUGAGCUAUUCGUCAUGGCCCGAGAACAUGCACCGAGCAUUAUCUUCAUGGACGAGAUCGACAGUAUCGGGUCUAGCCGAAUAGAUUCGGCUGGCUCCGGUGAUUCGGAAGUCCAACGUACUAUGUUGGAAUUGCUCAACCAACUUGACGGCUUUGAGCCUACACAAAAUAUCAAAAUCAUCAUGGCCACAAACCGACUCGAUAUUCUUGACCCUGCUUUGCUGCGACCUGGCCGCAUUGAUAGGAAGAUCGAAUUCCCCCCGCCAUCGGUGGAAGCACGAGCGGACAUUCUCCGAAUUCACUCGCGUUCAAUGAACUUGACUCGAGGCAUCAACCUAACUAAGAUCGCGGAGAAGAUGAACGGUUGUUCUGGUGCUGAGCUCAAGGGUGUGUGCACGGAGGCAGGCAUGUAUGCUCUUCGUGAACGACGUGUACACGUAACCCAGGAGGAUUUCGACUUGGCAACUGCCAAGAUCCUCAACAAGCAUGAUGACAAGGAAGUGGCGCUUGGAAAGCUCUGGAAGUAA